CGAUACGGGAAACGGCAACGAACGCUCGUUCUCGGAGGCGGCUUUUUAUCACACCGAAGGCGGGAUUUUUGACGAUUGCUAGUGUUGAUGAUAGGAAUAAAUUUUUUUUCGUGCUGAUAAUGCUGUUUGUGGAAGUGUUUGUACAACAGACGCAAAUGUUAUUGUUAGUGACAUUAUUACUGAUUGACCUUGUUUCAACCAGAGGGUAUAACCACCAUAGUUAUGGAAGACACGUUCGAAACAUAGAUUCCAUGGGAAUAUCAGUUCUUGGAGAAUUUAAUCAGGAUUUGGCUUUUCCGCGUUUCUCUGAACCCAUUCCCAACGUUACUGUCACAGUCGGCAGAGACGCUUUGCUGGCGUGCGUCGUCGACAACCUCAGAGGAUUCAAGGUGGCUUGGGUUCGCGUCGACACCCAAACUAUUCUAUCCAUUCAUCAUAACGUAAUAACCCAAAAUCCUCGUAUAUCUCUAUCGUACAAUGAUCAUAGAUCUUGGUAUUUACAUAUCAAGAACGUACAAGAAGUCGAUAGGGGAUGGUACAUGUGUCAAGUUAAUACUGACCCGAUGCGAUCCAGACAAGGAUAUCUACAAGUUGUCGUUCCUCCUAGUAUUAUUGACAAAGAAACCAGCUCUGAUAUGGUGGUACUAGAAUCAACGAAUGUCAGUUUGACGUGUAAAGCCACCGGAUAUCCUGAACCGUAUGUGAUGUGGAGGAGAGAAGACGGGGAAGAUAUCCGUUAUAACGGAGAAAAUGUAAACGUUGUGGAUGGCGAGAUUCUAUUCAUAACCAAAGUGAGUCGACUUCAUAUGGCUGUUUAUCUUUGUAUAGCCUCAAAUGGAGUUCCUCCAUCUAUAAGUAAAAGAGUGCAGCUCAAAGUUCAAUUUCCUCCGAUGCUAUCGAUUCCCAACCAGCUGGAAGGGGCGUAUAUUGGACAGGAUGUGACCCUAGAAUGCCGGACGGAAGCUUUCCCAACUUCCAUCAAUUAUUGGACGACGGAAAGGGGAGACAUGAUUAUCUCAGGUAGUGAUAAAUACGAAGCUGUUUCAAUGGAUAACGGCUAUAAGAAGUACAUGAUGCUCAAAAUUCGUAGAGUUAAUAAAUCAGAUUUCGGCUCAUACAAAUGCGUAGCGAAAAAUUCUCUAGGAGAAACAGAUGGCGUCAUCAAAUUAGAAGAGAUUCCAGCUCCUACAACUAUUAAAACAACAACCCAUUUCACAUCUUUAGAUACCAAGAAAGGAAACUCCAGGGGAUCUACGAAGGGUACAUCGAAUGACAACAGGGUGAAUUCUGUAGGGAAAGAAGAUACAAGUAUAGCAGAAUACGACUACGAUAGCGAAUACACUCUGCCGUCCAACGGACCGCCACCCAUCCAGGAGCCUCCGGGCGCUUUCAGUGGAGCGUCACGAAACUUCAACUCUAUCGCAGUCGCCAUUUUCUUCUUGUUCUUCUCGCUAUUCUUUUACUUUUUGGAAAUGGUUUCGUCCGAUGAAGGCCCGAGGUGAUGCCCCAAAUGACA